CACAAAACUGAAGUACCUGGUCAAUGCGGACUCAUCUCUGCGACCAACCAAUUUCGCUGUAGCGAUUAAAUAUAACAAAAAAAAAGAUGACCAAACACCCAAACACUUUUCAGAAGAAGCAUUCCGUUGGUGUUCAAAAUUAUGCAGCCAUAUCCCGUAUGCCCUUGACGGACAAUGCCCGGAAAAUACAAACUGAAGCUACAAAACCAAAGGGAACUACUUUGAUCCAAGUAUCCAUGGAGCAAUCUUUGAUUGUCAUACAGGAUCGCGUCAACUUGGAACAGGAGCAGCAACAGGAUGCUAUGCUGAGUGUUAAGCGUGAUGAACAAUUAUGGGAUCUGACGGACGAUGAGUCUGUGAUGAGUAUCGGAUCGAGUGGGGAGGACAGAUGCACGGAAGUUACUCCCAUCACCAUAGACGCUCUUAAGGAUAAUACAUCCGCGGUGGACCGUGUCUCGUCCCAGAACGCCGCUUCCAAUUGUGAAAACACCAAAAAUGUGAGGAAACCACUGGAGAGAUAUCUGGAGAAACGACGACUGAUCAAGGCGGUGAAAAAGCGACGUGUUCUCUAUGAUACCAAACAUCCGCGCUUCCACGACAGGGACUUCAAGAACGAAGUGUGGCGCUGCAUUGCCAGACGCCUCUCCAUGGAUAUGGAGGCCUGCGUUGAUAUUUGGAACGAGCUGCGCUACGAAUUCCAGUGCCACAAACGUGAAAUGCUCAACUAUAAACAGAAAAUGGCGAGGCAUCGUCCGGCCGGUCGCCGUCCUUUUAUGGUGCUCGAGGAGGAGAUGUGCUUCUUGUAUCCGCAUGUGGCCAGCUAUCCGCUGCUGCGGGAGAAGAAUCCAGCGGAGUCAGUGAAUGCUCCAGCGCCAGCUCCAGAGGAUGAUGUGGUGCUGGUGAGUGCCGCUCAGCCAAUGACCAUUAUCUAUUUGGAUCUGGACAAUGAAAGUUUCAGGAUCACGCCCGUAAAACGUCGUCUAAUCGAAGCCGUACGCUACUAUCCCCAAUUGUAUAAUGCAUCGAAUAUCAGCUACAACGAUUACCACCAUCGCGGCCUCAUCUGGGGCGCCAUAUCCAACGAGCUGGGGGAUAAGGCCACCAAGCUAAUGAAAAGCUGGAUUAUUCUGCUGACGCGCUACGAGUGGGAGGUUAGCCGGGGCCCCGAUGAGUCGUCAGAGCUUAUGAAAUUGAUGGUAUUCCUGAUACCGCACAUCCCGCAUAUGAAGGAGUCGGUAUAUAAGACCUCCAAGUACCUGACGGCUGCCUGGCACUAUCCCAUCGAGAAUUUUCGCAGCGUUGAGACGCUGAUCAAAUUGAUGAAGGGCAAUACGGAGCUGGUCCAGCUCACCGAGGAGUAUCUGCACCACAAGAACAAGCCGCCAGCCUAUCACAGUCUCUGGCAGAAGGUCGCCGCCCAGGCGAUGAGCACACCCGAAAGCUGUGAGGUUACCUGGCUGGUGUUGCGCUCCUUUCACAGCGAGCUUGUGGAGAUGCGUUUGGCCAGCUAUAAGCUGAAUGACAAGUGGCUCUUCGAGAACACCAUUAACGAGAUAUACAAGACGAUCGUUGAUCGCACAGUAAAUCGUGAGGGCAAAAAGCCAGACGAGCCCGAUCCGGCCAUUCGAACACCGAUGGUCAGAGUGGCCCUGCUAGACACCAGGACGGAGGAGUUGCUAAAAACAGCAAAGAUUGCACCACGCAUGUCACUGGCCAUUGCUUAUCCGCCUGCUCCCACCACAACCAGUAGCAGCAGCACUUCCACCAUCACCAACCCCACAUCAGUGUCAAGCAGCAGCAGCAGCACCACCACCACCGCAACGUCCACUGCCACCACAGUGCCAAGCACAGUGAGCUCAUCGCCCUGCUCCACAAUAUUGAAGAAUGAUGGCUUGAAGUUCAUGAAUACCUUGAGUAUGGCAGGGCGAAACAGCACCUUGGUGAUGUCCGCAAAUACUGCGCCCGGUGUGCUGAAUGGUAAGCCGGUGCCCAAAGUGUUUGUGGUUCGUCGCAGUGUUCCGUUGCCAGUUGAAGCACCCGCCCAUGAGAUACCAUCCUGGAUGACGAUGCAAACAGCAUCUUUGGGAUCCCCUGCGCCGCCCGUUAGAGUGGCAAUAAAUCAGACUAGUGUGCCCGAUCCACCUACAACGCCAUUGACUGCCACAUCCAUGACCGCUCCCAGUGGAGCCUUGAAGCGAAAGCGAUCGUCGAUCACUGUCAAUGGGGAAGGCACUGGUAGCAGCGAAACGGGAAUCAACGAGAUAUACAAGACGAUCGUUAAUCACACCGUAAAUCGUGAGGGCAAUAAGCCAGACGAGCCCGAUCCGGCCAUUCGAACACCGAUGGUCAGAGUGGCCAUGCUAGACACCAGGACGGAGGAGUUGCUAAAAACAGCAAAGAUUGCACCACGCAUGUCACUGGCCAUUGCUUAUCCGCCUGCUCCCACCACAACCAGUAGCAGCAGCACUUCCACCAUCACCAACCCCACAUCAGUGUCAAGCAGCAGCAGCAGCACCACCACCACCGCAACGUCCACUGCCACCACAGUGCCAAGCACAGUGAGCUCAUCGCCCUGCUCCACAAUAUUGAAGAAUGAUGGCUUGAAGUUCAUGAAUACCUUGAGUAUGGCAGGGCGAAACAGCACCUUGGUGAUGUCCGCAAAUACUGCGCCCGGUGUGCUGAAUGGUAAGCCGGUGCCCAAAGUGUUUGUGGUUCGUCGCAGUGUUCCGUUGCCAGUUGAAGCACCCGCCCAUGAGAUACCAUCCUGGAUGACGAUGCAAACAGCAUCUUUGGGAUCCCCUGCGCCGCCCGUUAGAGUGGCAAUAAAUCAGACUAGUGUGCCCGAUCCACCUACAACGCCAUUGACUGCCACAUCCAUGACCGCUCCCAGUGGAGCCUUGUCGAUCACUGUCAAUGGGGAAGGCACUGGUGGCAGCGAAACGGGAAAGGAAACUGAAAUUGAAUCGAAUGUUCACAAAUUGCCAGCAAUAGCCAACACCCGCCUGCAAAUGCAGAUCAUUAGCAAAAUUAAAGUUGAACUUUUGACGGAUGGGAAUUCGUUGCAUAUCCAUGGCGGUGCCCUGAUCACAGACUACACCUUGCAUAAAGAGCGUGUGGGCAUGCUGAUACGCGAGGUGAUGGACAUACCGAUUCUACACAACAACAAUCCAAAGCUGGAGAGCAAGAAAUCCGAAUUGUGGGGCAAUGUGGCAAGGAAAUUUCACAUGCCAGCUGAUGCCUGUCGCGCCACAUGGAAAUUCUUGAGUGAAAACAUCAGCCUGUUUCCGGCGAUUGCGCCAAUGCCGGAUCUGAUGGGUCUCCACAAAGGCUAUGCCAAGAAUUGGCAGAAGUCCGAACGGGUUUUCAAACUCUUCGAAGAGGUUGCCGCCAAGAAUCAAUGGAUUAAAAUCCGGCAUCAGCUGCCCCUGCUCAUGAUUCACUUUCGCAUGUACGAGCAUUUGUACAGCGACAUGCGUAGGCCGCGACCCGGCGAGAUCUUACAAUCGCCACGCGUCUACACCCAAAAGCAGAGCGAUGAUGUUUGGCGAGUGGCCAAAGCAAAGUUUUCCGAUAUCAAUCAUAUGGAAGUUUGGUCCACAUUUAAGUUGGCUUUUCGCACAUAUAUGGAUGAUCUGGAGAUGGGCAUUGAGAAUCCCUGGCCUCGCCUAUGGUGGCAGGCUUUCGAUCAGCUUAGAUUCCUUGUGAAUGUGCGCUAUCAUCCGCUGGAACCUUACUACUAUAUAGUCCACACAAAGAUCAGGGCGGAGGUGAAGCGUUGCAGUAUCUAUGAAAAGUUGAUGCCAACGCGCCAACCCGAUCUCAGUCCAAAGUCAAGAGCGUUGGGCAGUCAGGUGCGCAUCGACUGGGAACCAUUGCCCUGGGAGACCGAGGAGGCCAGGCGUCUGCUGACGGGCAAACUGAGAGCGGACACAGUCAGUCGGCCAUACGUUAUGGCUCCACCACCAGCCACAGCAACAGCUGCGUCUCCUGCUAAGGCUGUGUGCUCUGCUCCUGCUAAAGUUGUGUCUCCUGCUCCAGCUGCGUGUCCUGCGGCUUCUGCAUGUGCUCCGGUUGCGUCUCCUGCUCCUGCUCCUGGUAAACUGGGAGUCGACACAGUGAGUCCGUACGUUAAGGCUCCACCACCAGCCACAGCAACAGCUGCGUCUCCUGCUAAAGCUGUGUGUUCUGCUCCACCUGCAUUCCCUGCUAAACCUGCGCCCCCUGAAUGUGCUCCGAUUGCGUCUCCUGCUCCGUCUGUGUCUCCAGAUACUGCUCAUGCUCCGGCUACAUCCUUAAGCCUAGCUCAGUCUCUUGUUCCUCCUCGUCCGCUUGUUUUGGUGUCCAAGGAAUACAAAGGCGGGACUAUGCCUGAUGUGAAAUGUUAUGGCCAGCCGUUGCAGACACCUCCAAUAUUGCAAUGUGCAACACAGCGACUUUUGCCGAUUUUACCAGCCUUUGAGAUGACCACCAUGCUGAAGCAAUAUCCCAAUACCUUCAGGCAAGCCACCACCCAUGAGAAACGCACCGCCUGGGUGCAGACUGCCACAGAACUGAAUACCACAGUGAUUGGUUGCCGCAUGAGCAUGCAGCAUGCGCUACGCGAAUCGCGCAUCCUGAAAAUCGCCGAUCCAACGAACAAAUGCCAGUUGGGGCAAAGCUAUUAUCGCCACAUAAAUGAUAUCUACAGUGAGGUGAAGCCGGAGGCACAACCCGUCAGGAUCAGUCAGCUGUUGGUGCGUACACCGGAACAGCUCAACCAGACACAGAUCGAAGGAGCAGCCACGUUAGGAACGAGGCGCUUUAUGCCUGAAAUCUCCAUGAGCAAUGCCCAUCCACGUCUGGUGCUCAAGAACUGGUCCCAUGCGCUUGCCACUUUCAGUCCUGAAAGCCAGCAAAAGCUGUUCGGAAAGCUGACCAAAGUGUUUGCCAAACAUGCGCUGGCAUCGAGCGAGUCGAUAGCCAAAAACGAAGUCAUCGAAGGCUCACACACAAAUCACACAAAUUUGAAUUUUUAAUUAAUUAAUAAGAGAGUAAUAAUUAUGUACCUACAUAUGUAUAUGCAAGCAUGUUUGCACCAUCAAGCUCAUGCCAUUCUAAAUUAUAUUUAUAAAUUAUUUCUUUACUCUUGGCUUGGUAUCCAGAGUCAGACACACCUUUAGUUUAUAAAGUCUUUAUGUACAUACAUUCAAACAAUGCACUAUGGGGCAUUUGACCAAUUUUUGUGGCAUUAAUUAAUAACUUCCAAACGAAACAUUAUUUUUUGAUUUAGUUUUUUUAUAUGUGUUUAUAAUAGUAAAAGGAAGGUUUGUUGAAAAAAUGGGCGUGGCA